GUGGAUAUAACGGUGGACACGAAGCCACGCAAAGGGGAGGGAUACUCAAUGCGGUGCUGCCAUGUGUGCGGGGCAGCGUACCCCGCAAUAACUUCAGAGCGAGAAAGAAGGCAGUGUUUGUGGUUGUAGCAGGGACUACUUUAUCUCAUCCUGUUGCACUUUGACCUCUGCACGGUCCAAAGGGCUGAGGAGUUAAGUCAUUUCUUAUAUAGGCGCAACUUGCUGAGAGAGACACCCAGUGCAAACAUGUCAGCCACACGGAUCGGGCUGCUGUCUCCGAGGGCCGCCCGGCUUGUGAACGACUUGUCAGCCGGCAGCAGUGGUGGUGCUCCCGGGGUCCGCUCACUCACCUCUCCCCCUCUGUCCUCCUCCUCCUCCUCCUCCUCUUCCUCCUCCUCUCCCGGCAGAGCCCUAUCGAGUCUGAGUGCGACGCGACGCGGGCUCCCCAAAGAGAAGAUGCCCGAGAACGGAGCGUCGCCUCGGGCCAAGGUGCUGACCCUCGACACCAUGAACCCCACGGUGAAGAAGGUGGAGUACGCCGUGCGGGGGCCCAUCGUGCAGCGGGCCGUGGAGCUGGAGAGGGAGCUCUCUCAGGGAAUGAAGAAGCCUUUUGUGGAGGUCAUCAAGGCCAACAUUGGGGACGCGCAUGCCAUGGGCCAGCAGCCAAUCACUUUCUUCCGACAGGUCUUGGCGCUGUGUUCUUACCCUGAGCUGUUGAAUGACAGCACAUUCCCAGAGGAUGCUAAAAGUAGAGCGCGGCGCAUUCUUCAGUCCUGUGGCGGGAACAGUAUGGGUUCCUACAGUGCCAGUCAGGGCAUCGACGCUGUGCGCCAGGAUGUGGCCCGCUACAUUGAGCGAAGAGAUGGCGGCGUGCCCUGCGACCCAGACGACAUUUACCUCACCACAGGGGCCAGCGACGGCAUCGUGACCAUGCUGAAGCUGCUGGUGUGUGGCGAGGGUGCGGGUCGUACCGGCAUCAUGAUAUCCAUACCUCAGUAUCCCCUGUACUCGGCUGCACUUGCCGAACUGGGCGCCGUGCAGAUCAACUAUUACCUUAACGAGGAGAAGUGCUGGAGCAUGGACAUCAGCGAGCUGCAGCGCUCGCUGGAUGAGGCCCGGCUCCACUGCAACCCUCGAGCCCUCUGCAUCAUCAACCCUGGAAACCCCACCGGUCAGGUUCAGAGCAGACAGUGCAUUGAGGACGUAAUCCGAUUUGCAGCAAAGGAACGUCUCUUCCUCAUGGCCGAUGAGGUGUACCAGGAUAAUGUGUAUGCUGACGGUUGCCAGUUCCACUCUUUUAAGAAGGUCCUGUUUGAAAUGGGGCCAGAGUACUCGGAUACAGUGGAACUGGCAUCCUUCCACUCCACCUCCAAAUGUUACAUGGGAGAGUGUGGCUUCCGUGGAGGCUACAUGGAGAUCAUCAACAUGGACGAGGAGGUGAAGGCCCAGCUGAGCAAGCUGGUGUCCGUCCGUCUGUGUCCCCCGGUUCCUGGGCAGGCUCUCAUGGACCUGGUCGUGAACCCUCCGCAGCCCGGUGAACCCUCACAUGAAAACUUUCUCAAGGAGCGCACAGCCACGUUAAGUGCCUUAGCAGAGAAGGCCAAGCUCACAGAGCAGGUUCUCAAUACUGUUCAAGGCAUCAGCUGCAAUCCUGUACAGGGCGCCAUGUACUCCUUCCCAAGCAUCACCAUCCCUGAAAAGGCUGUGAAAGAGGCCACGGAGAAAGGUCAGCAGCCAGAUAUGUUUUACUGCAUGAAGAUGCUGGAGGAGACAGGGAUCUGCCUCGUACCCGGAAGUGGCUUUGGUCAGAAGGAUGGAACCUACCACUUCAGAAUGACCAUCUUGCCACCAAAAGACAAGCUGACGAUCCUGCUGAACAAAGUCAAGGAGUUCCACCAGAAUUUCAUACAGCAGUACUCCUAAAAUUGCCACAUAUCUUCCUCUUAUUUAUAAAGGGAGGAACCCACCAACCAUUACAAAAAGAACUCAGCCAAUCAGAAUUCAUCUGUCUCUAAUAAGUGCCUUUCUUACAGCGGCUCUGGUGGUCUCUGUGAUGACACACUUAAGCCUUUACACCUAUCUCAUUUGGACAUUUAUAGACGGUUUUCAAGGCUGUGUUAGAAAACAAAACUGGACAUGAAGAAAUGAAUUCAGAGACGUGUGUAGAGUUUGGUAUAAAUAAUAUGGUUUCAACUUUGAAGGAUUUAUGUAUUGUGGGUCUAAGUAUUUGUGAAUAUGAGAAAUGGAUGAAUACCAAGCUAAAACGAUUGAAGGAAAAUGCAAUGCUGCUUAAAACAUUUGUACAACUAGUUAAAAUAUUACAUUCCUGCAGACAGUACUUGACAGGGAGAAUAUGCAGAAAAGUCCCCAUUUGCAUGAUGAUUCAGAUAUGAUUUUGUAGAAUCAAAAUAAAUGAUCAAUAUCAAUAUUAUGUCUCGUUAUUUUAGAAAGAGCCAUCAGAUU